CGUCUUCUUACUGAGGUGAAGGUAGAAAGUGUGUGUGAGCUGAUGUGGAUGUGAAUUCAGCAGCAUGGAUCAGUGUGAGGACAGAGAGGAGGGAGUCCCUCCCUCUAAAAGAGACAGAGAGAGCCAGACCAAAGCUCAGAGGAAUCAACAUGGACCUGAACCUGAUCCAAGCUGUGUGUCAUUAAAGAGCGACAACUCCAAGGGUUUUAUUACUGAUUUUAAAGAAGGAAGAUGUUCUGCUGUAGAGAGAGUGGACCAGAAGAGCUCAGAGUUUCCCACUGUUCAGUCUGCUCAACAAGAUCAAACACAUCAGGACUCCACAUUAAUGCUGCUGGAGAACACUAUGAUCACUUUUGUGAAGAAUGAGAUAAAUAAGAUCCAGAAGCUUCUAUAUCCAUGUAAACAAGAAUUCUUAGAUAGUGAGAAAGAUGAUAAGGAGUUGUUGGAGGGUGAGGAUGAAGCACAGAUGAAGGAAAACACAGAGGCUUUUCUAAAGAUCAUGCUGAAUCUACUGAGGGAAAAUAAUCAGGAGGAGUUGGCUGCGUAUCUACAGAGCAAAUUCCCGAACAUUUGUCAACAAAAAGUUAAAUCUACUCUGAGGAGGAAGUUCCAGUGUGUGUUUGAGGGGAUUGCUAAAGAAGGAAAUCCAACCCUUCUGAAUCAGAUCUACACAGAGCUCUACAUCACAGAGGGAGGGACUACAGAGGUCAAUGAUGAACAUGAGGUCAGACAGAUUGAAAAAGCAUCCAGGAAAUCAGAUGGGGAAGAUAAAACAAUUAGACGAGAAGAGAUCUUUAAAGUCUCACCUGGAAGAGAUAAACCAAUCAGAACAGUGCUGACAAAGGGAGUGGCUGGCAUUGGGAAAACAAUGCUAAUGCAGAAGUUCAGUUUGGACUGGGCUGAAGACAAAGCCAACCAGGACAUCCAGUUCAUAUUUCCAUUCACUUUCAGAGAGCUGAAUGUGCUAAAUAAGGAAAAGUUCAGUUUGGUGGAACUUGUUCAUCACUUCUUUACUGAAACCAAAGAAGCAGGAAUCUGCAGCUUUGAAGACUUCCAGGUUGUGUUCAUCUUUGAUGGUCUGGAUGAGUGUCGACUUCCUCUGGACUUCCACAAAACUACAAUCGUAACUGACCCUAGAAAGUCCACCUCUGUGGAUGUGCUGCUGAUAAAUCUCAUUAGGGGUAACCUGUUUCCCUCUGCGCACCUCUGGAUAACCACACGACCUGCAGCAGCUAAUCAGAUCCCUCCUGACUGUGUUGACAUGGUGACAGAGAUCAGAGGGUUCACUGACCGACAGAAGGUGGAGUACUUCAGAAAGAGAUUCCAGCAUAAGCAAGAUAAGAUAAGCAAAAUAAUCUCCCACAUUAGGACCUCACGAAGCCUCCACAUCAUGUGCCACAUCCCAGUCUUCUGCUGGAUCACUGCUACAGUUCUGGAGGAUGUGCUGAAAACCAAAGAGGUAGGAGAGUUGCCCAGUACUCUGACCGAGAUGUACAUCCACUUCCUGGUGGUUCAGGCCAAAGUGAGGAAGGUCAAGUAUGAUGGAGGAGCUGAGACAGAUCCACACUGGAGUCCAGAGAGCAGGAAGAUGAUUGAGUCUCUGGGAAAACUGGCUUUUGAUCAGCUGCAGAAAGGAAACCUGAUCUUCUAUGAAUCAGACCUGACAGAGUGUGGCAUCGAUAUCAGAGCAGCCUCGGUGUACUCAGGAGUGCUCACACAGAUCUUUAAAGAGGAGAGAGGACUGUACCAGGACAAGGUGUUCUGCUUUGUCCAUCUGAGUGCUCAGGAGUUUCUGGCUGCUCUUCAUGUCCAUCUGACAUUUAUCAACUCUGGAGUCAACUUGCUUAAGGAGCAACAAAAAACAUCUGAUCGGUCUGAAACAGAUAAAUACUUCUACCAGAGUGCUGUUGACAAGGCCUUACAGAGUCCAAAUGGACACUUGGACUUGUUCCUUCGUUUCCUCCUGGGUCUUUCACUUCAGGCCAGUCAGACUCUCCUACAUGGCUUGCUGACACAGACAGGAAGUAGCUCACAGACCAAUCAGGACACAGUUCAAUACAUCAAGAAGAAGCUCAGUGAGAAUCUGUCUGCAGAGAAAAGCAUCAAUCUGUUCCACUGUCUCAAUGAACUGAAUGAUCGUUCUCUAGUGGAGGAGAUCCAACAGUCUCUGAGAUCAGGAAGUCUCUCCACAGAUAAACUGUCUCCUGCUCAGUGGUCAGCUCUGGUUUUCAUCUUACUGUCAUCAGAAAAGGAUCUGGAUGUGUUUGAUCUGAAGAAAUACAAUGCUUCAGAGGAGGCUCUUCUGAGACUGCUGCCUGUGGUCAAAGCCUCCAACAAAGCUCUACUGAGUGGCUGUAACCUCUCAGAGAGAAGCUGUGAAGCUCUGGCCUCACUUCUCAGUUCCUCAUCAUCUAGUCUGAGAGACCUGGACCUGAGUAACAACAACCUGCAAGAUUCAGGGCUGAAGCUUUUAUCUGCUGACCUCAACAGUCCAUACUGCAAACUGGAAACUCUCAGUCUUUCAGGCUGUCUGAUCACAGAGACAGGCUGUGCUUCUAUAGCUUUAGCUCUGAGCUCCAACCCCUCACAUCUGAGAGAGCUGGACCUGAGCUACAAUCAUCCAGGAGACUCAGGAAUGAAGCUGCUAAAAGAGCCACACUUGAGACUGGACACUCUCAGGGUGGAGCCUGCUGGAGAACAAUGGUUGAGACCAGGUCUGAGGAAGUAUUCCUGUCAACUCACAAUCAACACAAACACAGUAAACAGAGAACUUAAACUCUCUGACAACAACAGGAAGGUGACACAUGUGGAGGAGGUUCAGUCACAUCCUGAUCAUCCAGACAGAUUUGACAAUGGGUAUCCUCAGCUGCUGUGUGGAGAUUGUCUGACUGGUCGCUGUUACUGGGAGGUCGAGUGGAGAGGGGAGGUUUAUAUAUCAGUGAGUUACGGAACAAUCAAAAGGAAAGGAGAUAGUGAAGACUGUGAAAACAGUAAACAUUGCGUAUUUGGAAGGAAUGAUGAGUCCUGGAGCCUGUUCUGCUCUGAUGUUAAGGGUUACUCUGUCUUACACAGUAACAGAGAAACAUAUCUGUACCCCCCUUCGUCCUCUGUCUCUAACAGAGUAGCAGUGUAUGUGGACUGUCCUGCUGGCACUCUGUCCUUCUACAGAGUCUCCUCUGACACUCCGAUCCACCUCCACACCUUCAACACCAAAUUCACUGAACCUCUUUAUCCUGGAUUUACAGUCUGGUUUUCUGGUUCCUCAGUGUGUUUGUGCUGA